AUGUCUCUAUUAUCUUUAUCUAAUUUAUUAGUAUCACAUAUUAUAUCAUCAAUUGAUAAUGUAGAUAUAAUAUGUUUAUUGUUAACUUGUAAACAGUUAUUUAAUGAUAGCAGUGUUAGAAGAUCGAUUAAAUUUAAAGGUGUAGGAGGAGCUAUCGAUACAGACAAUAGAGAUAUAUCAUUACAGUUUAAAGCAACAACUAGUACUACUAGAUACAAACUAUUAUCAUUUAAAGAUAUAUUGGUGAAUAGUAUAUCUUUGAAUCAACAUGUAGUACUUGAACAUAACACCGCCGGCGAUAAAGAGAUCUUUUCGAAUAGAUCAGCUGCUGCUGCUGAUAACAUUAUUACAACAGCUUUGGUAACACACUAUAACCUUCAAGCAAUCAAUUCACUCUAUGAAACUAUGCCAUCGAUCGAGACACUAUUCAUCAAAUAUCGACAAUUAAACCUCCGCGAAAAGACAACGAUCGAUCUUGGAUCAAUCUCACGGCUACCUAAUCUUCAACGACUAUCGGUUCAAGGUAAUUCAUUAAAACUUGGUCCACACUCAUCAUUAAAGUCACUUAAUCUAGACAUCGGCACUUGUUACACUGCAAGUGAGUUGGGACUGGAUCAAUUCGUAUCAUUGACAGAGUUGGCAUUAAACAAUUUCUGUGUGCCCGAGAUAGGACCGGGUGUCUUGCCAAGCAGUCUGACAUCACUCACUUUGACAUUGUUUGAGUUACCACCAAGAGAUACAUUCAUUGCAUUAACCUCGUUGGUGUACCUCGAUAUCUUUGUGGAAAAGGGAUUGGAUAAAGAACUAGAACAAGAACAACAACAACAACAAAUAUUCAUCGAUCUAUCUACUCUACACAAUCUAAAGAAACUAGUGUAUAAUGAAAAUUUACACCGAGAGGAUGGUCCCAUUGAAAUUAUUGUACCUCCCAACCUAAAGAUUCUUUCCAUUUGGUCUACCCAAUGUGUACCAAUAACACCACCACAACAACAAUGUACAACAACUACUCUAAUGCCUGUAUUAGAGAAACUAUAUCUUUUAGAAGGUUUAUUAACUGGUGGUAAAAUCAAUCUCCUAUCACAAUGUCCAUCACUCAAGAAACUUUGUAUUUAUCAAUGCUUUAAAACCAUUCCAUCUAAUCUCAUCCCACCUCAUUUGGAGAAACUAUCAAUCCACAACUAUUCAACAAAAGAUAUACUCGAUCAAUUUGUAUACCCACCAUCACUCAAACAUCUAACCUACUUGGGAGACUUUUACGACGGGUCUCCCAGUGUUACAUCGUUACCCGAGUCACUCGUCAAAUUAAAGAGUAAACUCAAUGCAUCUUCAUCUUUAAAUUUGCUUCCAAGUCAUUUAAAAAAAUUGGUUUGGAUGUAUAGAUACGGUGGUCAAGGUGAAGAUAUAGACUUGGCACAGUCAAAUUUUCCACCCAAUCUUGAAACGAUUGACUUUUCUGGCAUGAAGGGAUUAUUUAAAGUAACUAUACCACCAGUCACAAAAUAUCUAUCAAUAUUCUUGUCUCAAAAACAACAACAACAACAACUAGAUCCAAUAUUUUCAAUCACCUCUAGAAUAACCAUACCCACCAAAGAUCAACAACAACAACAACAACAGGAACAAUGGUUACCAAUCAAUACAACACAUCUAAAUUGUAGUAUGUCUUGUUCACAAUCAAAAUGGUCAUUUAGAUUAGAUGAAAUAAUCAAUCAUACCAAUGUUAGAUAUUUAUCUAUCAUUAAUCAAUGUUCUACUGCUACCAAUAUUCAAUUUUCAAUUCAAAGAUUAGACAGUGACAAUAGAAAUGUAUUGGUAUUGGAAAGACAAUCAUUGACUGGUGGAAUCAUCUCUCAGCUGAAAAAUAAUGUAGAUAUAGUAUGUUUAUUGUUAACUUGUAAAAAGUUAUAUCAUCAUAAUAGUAAUAGUUUAAAAAGAUCGAUACAGUUUAAAGGAAUAGAACCUAUCGAUAUUGAUAAAGUAGAUAUAUCAUUAAAGUUUAAAGGAACAGCAACUAGAUUCAAUCUAUUAUCAUUUAAAGAUAUAUUAGAGAAUAGUAUAAUAUCAGAUCAACUUUUAAUACUUUCAAAAAAACAAGAAGAUGAUAACAAAGAGUAUCCAUUAUGGAUACAAGAUCGUAUCUAUUACACAGAUAAUAGAAUAGAUAAAAGUAACAACAUUACAACAGCAUUGGUAACACACUAUCAACAUAAAGUAUUAGAUUCUAAUCUACUCUACAAGAUACCAUCAAUCGAGACUUUAUUCAUCAACGAACCACAACACAAUGGUAUAAUAGAUCUUGGAUCAAUCUCACAGUUACCCAAUCUUCAACGUCUAUCAGUUCAAGCACACUUGCUUAAACUUGGUAACCACUCUUCAUUACAGUCACUGACACUUGGUCUCACCACUCGUUACACUGCAAGUGAGUUGAGACUAGAUCAAUUCAUAUCAUUGACAGAGUUGACAGCAAACAGUUUCUGUUUGUAUGAUAUUGGUCCAGGCCUUUUGCCAAGUAGUUUGACGUCACUCGAUUUGGCAGUUAGAGAUUUCCCACCAAGAGACACAUUCAUUGCAUUAACAUCACUAGUGAACUUCAAACUCUGUCUAGAACAGGGAUUGUAUAUAUUUCGACUCCAACAAGAGGAGGAGGAGGAACAACAACACCUAUUCCUCGAUCUAUUUAAUCUACACAAUCUAAAGAAACUAGAGUACUCUGAAAAUUGGACUGGUAAAAAGGGUAUCAUCGAGAUUAUUGCACCUCUCAACCUAAAGAUUCUUUCCAUUUGGUCUAAUAGAUCCGUACAAAUCUCAACCCCAGGUACGUUGCCACUACUAUUAUUAGAGAGAAUAGUGAUUGGUGGUAAAAUCAAUCUAUCAUCGUUGCAGUAUGGCCCAUCGCUCAAGAAACUUUUUAUUUAUAAUUGCUGGGAACCCAUUCCAUCGGAUAUGAUUCCGUCCACUCUCGAAAAGCUUAUGAUAUCAAUAUCAAAUGUUUCUGAGGGCAGCAUACUUGGACAAAUUGUAUUCCCACCAUCACUCACUCAUCUAACCAUUUUGGGUUCGUUGUCCGGUCACGACGAACCUUUUCCACCUUUACCUGAAUCACUCGUCAAAUUAAAACUGGAAAUCAAUUCUACUGCUUCUCAUCAUUCAACGAUAAUGUCUCUUCCUCGUCACUUGAAAAAACUGGCUUUGAAAUAUGCUUUUGAAGUCCAAUGUGAAGAUUUUGACUUGUCACAGUCAAACUAUCUACCCAAUCUUGAAACGAUCGAUAUCUCUUACAAAAAAGGAUUUUUCACCUUUCCACCAAGUACCAAAUAUCUAUCAAUAACUUUGAUUCAUAAAGAUCAACAAAAAAAUUGUCUUCCAAUCUAUUCAAUCGCUACUAGUUUAACCAUCCCCAAAGACAUCAAUGAUCAAUCACAACAACAACAACAAUGGUUACCAAUCAAUACAACACAUCUAACUUGUAGAAUAUUUUGUACUCAAGCAAAAUGGUCAUUUAGAUUAGAUGAAAUAAUCAAUCAUACCAAUGUUAGAUAUUUAUCUAUCAUUAUUUUUUAUUCAAAGACUACCAAUUUACAAUUUUCAAUUCAAAGAUUAGACAGUGAUAAUAGAAAUGUAUUGGUAUUGGAAAGACAAUCAAUGACUGGUGGAAUCAUCACUCAAAGAAGAAUAUCAAACACAAAUAUUAAUCAACAACAACAACCUCAACCUCAACCUCAACAACAAUAUGACCCUAUUUAUUUACAUUGGGAUUUAAACUCUCCAUUUGAAUUUAAUUGGAGUUUUGUCAAAAAAAUAAUAAAAUAA